CUUGAAGCUUGCGUGCUCUACUAUAUAAGUGGGGAAUAGGAUUUGGGUUAUGAUACUUGACUUUAGCCUCAUCAGCUUUAUUUGCUAAUAAAUCAAUUUGUCUUUUUCCUCCCAGUCAACUUCCUUUUACUAUAUCUUACUCUCCUCCUCUCCGAAAAGGCCACCCUGGCCUAAUCUUAUCAGUCGGGCUUAACGUACUCUGGCAUUCUAGGUAUAGUUGUUUGGUAUAUUAGGGAAACCCGAAGUAACGAAGAAGGAGGGGAAAAUGAGUGACGACCAUCAUAUAACCUCCGACAAUCCUGACCACCCGGCCAACCUCAUCCCAUCUCUAUGCGCCAAAUUUUGGACAUUAGGUUGGGUCACAGGUACGGGAGGAGGAUGCUCUAUUCGCAACGAUGACCUGGUCUAUAUCGCACCAUCUGGCGUCCAGAAGGAGCUCAUGAAGCACACUGAUAUAUAUGUGCUCGCCCUGUCUAAGCAGACGGAUCUCAAGAAUCGCGUCUAUUUGCGCUCUCCACCUUGCGGCAGACCUUCCCAAUGCACACCGCUGUUCCUGGCCGCCUUCACCAAGCGGGGGGCCGGCUGCUGUAUCCAUACACAUUCGCAUUGGGCCGUGCUGGUCACCCUACUCCUGGAGACCCAGGGCCCCGGCAAGGACAAGCUGUUCGAGAUCAACAACAUCGAGCAAAUCAAAGGUUUUGGCAAGGGUUUCCAGAAGCAGGGUAACCUAGGUUAUCAUGAUACGCUCCGCAUUCCGGUGAUCGAGAACACGGCCCACGAGGAAGAUCUCACUGAGUUUCUAGAAGAAGCUAUGGAAAAAUACCCGGAUACCUACGCCGUCCUAGUCCGUAGGCACGGAGUUUACGUCUGGGGCGAUAACGUCCACAAAGCAAAGACCAUGUGUGAAAGUCUCGACUAUCUUUUCCAACUGGCGGUGGAAAUGAAACAGCUUGGUUUACCAUGGCUCAGCGACGUGCCAGUAGUUGUGCCCACUUCGCAACGGUCAUGAUUCAACUAAUCAGAAUUUAAACAUGAUGUGGCAGCACUCGAGACGGAACAUACAAAACAAGGCA